AAUAUAAAGGCCACAAAGCCGAAACGAGAGCUACUUGGAAGCCUUGAAAAAAUGUCCUCCUAUUUUGCAGCUCGCAACAACUCCAACCUGUUCAUUUCGUUCGUCACCAUCACUGCCAUUUUCGUCUUCGCUUCUGCAUCUUCUUCUGCAACUGGAACACGCCCGCGCCCCUUCAACAAGAUCUACGCCUUUGGCGACUCCUUCACCGAUACUGGCAACACCAAGUCCAUCAGCGGCCCGAGUGGUUUUGGCUACGUCUCAAACUCUCCGUACGGAAGCACCUUCUUUCAUCACUCCACUAACCGGUACUCCGACGGCCGGCUCGUGAUCGACUUUGUGGCUGAAGCACUGUCCUUACCGUACUUGCCACCUUACCGGAACCUCAAGGGGAAUAAUGCUUCCUCUGGUGUGAACUUCGCCGUUGCUGGUUCGACGGCAAUAAACCACGCAUUCUUUGUUGAGAACAACCUCACGCUCGAUAGAACCCCUGAAUCCAUCAAAACCCAGCUCCUUUGGUUCAGAAGCUUUUUGGAGAGUCGGGGGUACUGUAAAGGCGCAGCAUCAGAAGAUUGCAGAGCAGCAUUUGAUGAUGCUCUGGUCUGGGUUGGGGAAAUCGGAGCGAACGACUAUGCAUACUCUGUCGGAUCUACUGUACCAAGCGAUACCAUCCGGGAGCUUGCUAUCACCAGUUUUACCGAGUUUUUGCAGUCAUUGCUGAAGAUGGGUGCAAAAUACGUUGUCGUCCAAGGUCUUCCGUUGACGGGGUGUCUGCCGCUGGCCAUGUCUUUAGCUCCUGAAGACGACAGGGACGACAUAGGAUGCGUGAAGAGCGUAAACAAACAGAGCAACACCCACAACGCCGUCCUCCAGGCAAAGCUGCAGGGCCUCCGGACGCAGUUUCCCCAAGCAGUCAUCGCCUUCACCGAUUACUGGAACGCUUACCGCACUGUCAUGAAGAAUCCAACCAAAUUCGGGUUCACGGAGAAGUUCAAAGCCUGCUGUGGAACAGGUACCGGACCGUACAACUUCGAUGCAUUCAGUACAUGCGGCACGCCUUCUGCCACUGUCUGCAAAAACCCUUCGCAGUACAUUAACUGGGAUGGAGUUCACCUCACUGAAGCUAUGUAUAAGGUGGUUUCCAAUAUGUUUCUCAAUGGAACUCUUACUCACCCUCCAUUCAGUUACCUCUUGGACAGGAAAAACAGAGUGGGGUGAAGGUAAACCACCAUUUGCCAUUUUACAAUGUAUCUCCAGAAUAGUAUUGCUCCUUGCUGUGAUUUUAAAAGGCUGCCGUUGUAGUAGGAAAUAUAUGUGUGACAUGAGAAUCCAUUCUCAUUAAUAAAUCUUAUGCUAGAGCCUGGAAGUUUUAUUA